AUGGCGCCAGAUAUUGCGAUGACAUUAGUAGAUGACAGUGCGGGGCUAACGAGCUACUACGAGCAAAAGAUUGAGCAUCUAGAGCUUACAGUACGUGAUGAAACGCAAAAUUUACGUCGUCUUCAGGCACAGCGUAAUGAGCUCAACUCGAAAGUCCGUUUAUUGCGUGAAGAGUUACAACUAUUACAAGAGCCUGGAUCGUAUGUUGGAGAAGUAGUAAAGCAAAUGGGAAAGUCGAAAGUACUUGUAAAAGUAAAUCCAGAGGGCAAGUACGUCGUUGACGUUGAUAAGGGCAUUGACAUCACCAAGUGCACACCAAACACGCGUGUAGCACUACGUAAUGACAGCUAUGUACUUCAUAAAAUUCUACCGACUAAGGUGGACCCUCUUGUAAGCUUAAUGAAGGUGGAAAAGGUGCCUGAUUCAACGUAUGAUAUGAUUGGGGGUCUUGACAAACAAAUUCGUGAAAUCAAAGAAGUGAUUGAACUUCCAAUUAAACAUCCAGAACUCUUUGAUGCUCUUGGAGUAGCACAACCUAAGGGUGUAUUACUCUAUGGACCUCCUGGAACGGGCAAGACAUUACUAGCUCGUGCCGUUGCUCAUCAUACGGACUGUACAUUUAUUCGUGUCUCGGGUGCCGAGCUCGUCCAAAAGUACAUUGGUGAAGGCUCACGAAUGGUGCGCGAACUCUUUGUAAUGGCCCGUGAAGCGUCUCCAUCGAUAAUUUUCAUGGAUGAAAUCGAUUCGAUUGGUAGUUCACGAAUGGAAAGCGGUGGUGGAGACUCGGAAGUGCAGCGUACGAUGCUUGAGCUUUUGAAUCAACUCGAUGGUUUUGAACCAGCACAGAAUAUCAAAGUCAUUAUGGCGACGAAUCGAAUUGAUAUAUUAGAUGCUGCUCUUCUGCGUCCUGGUCGAAUUGAUCGAAAGAUUGAGUUUCCAAAUCCAACGGAAGGGUCGCGAAUUGAUAUCAUGCGUAUUCAUUCGAGAAAAAUGAAUCUACUGCGUGGUAUUAAUCUUAAGGUGAUUGCGGAAAAAAUGCCGACAGCAUCUGGUGCCGAAUGCAAGGCCGUGUGCACUGAAGCUGGCAUGUUUGCUCUCCGGGAGCGUCGAAUCCACGUGACGCAAGAAGAUUUCGAAAUGGCGGUAUCCAAGGUCAUGAAGAAAGACUCGGAGCAAAAUAUGUCGAUCAACAAACUAUGGACGUAA